CGAGUUUAAGACUUUCAAUUAAAUAGGAAAAAAGGAUAAAAAAGAACCCAAAAUUGACCAUUUAAAUUCCGAAAAAUUUCUAGUUUCGUUUUCGAGUAACGCGAUUGGUGUAAUCCUUUUUCGCAAACUGAUUUAAUCCGUUUUGAUUUAACCAGUCUCGUUGCUUCCGCCGCGCCGUCGCUGCUUCAAUCACAAUCGUUUUCAAUCGAACAGCAAUUUCAAGAAAUAGGGAAGGCCAUCGUCUUCCCCAUCGUUCAAUCGAUUCGUGUUUUUUCGUCUCUGGAAUGGCUUCUUUAGGAAUUCAAUGUGGAGGAAAUUGUGGUAUAUUGAAUCUUCACGACGGUUGCGAUCAGAAACCAGUUCCUCGUUCUUUACUUAUUUCCACCACAAGAUUAAAGAAAUCGAGAAGCUACGUUUCUGCGAUGAAGAGUUUACAGCCGGUGAAUCGUAGAAAAGAUGGCAACGGUGAGGUGAUUUCUCCCGAUAAGCUCGAUGAAUGGAUGAAGGAAUCGGUGGUUGACAUUGUGAAGAAUCUUCGAGAAGCGCCUCUGUUUUUGCGAUUUUACACUCCGGAUGGGAAGACGACGGCGAGAUUCGAAACGGAGAAGGCGGUGGAGGAAGAUCGUUGGCCGAUUUUGGAAAAACAAUGGAAAAACGGAGCAGAACCGACGCCGGAAGGUAUCAUAUUCGUUCAAAAGCUUGAAGACGGCGAUGAUGAAGGGGAAAUCGACGGGGAAUCGAAGGCGUGGGGGAUUGUAGUACAAGGGAGAGGCGUUGAACGUGGUGCGCCGGUUUGUUACUUGUUGAAGACGUGUAGAACGGCGGGAUUAGGGCUAUGGUGCACGCAUUUCUGUUUGGUUAGGGUUAAGAAUUUCAGAGAAACGACGAAAUCGCAGCUUCAGAAUUGUUGGUUGACACAGAAUCAGUAAAUGAAGAAGAACAAGAAGAAGAAGCAGAGGCCGAUUCAAUUGUCAAGUAUUGAUGUUACACUCGUAAUUUCAAUUCAAUUCUCAAUGUGAAGUAAUUGUUCAUAGAAUUUUUUUUCACUCUCUUUUUUUUUCCUCCUCAGUUUCUGUUCUUUUGAUUGAAAUACUCUUUCAUGGCGCAUUGAAGGAAGGGGAGGGAGAGAGAUGAUUGGUUAAUUUAUUUCCAUAUUUUUAUUGUUUAUUAAUUAGUUAGUUAUUAUAUAUAAUUAGUUAUUCCAAA